GGAGCGGGGGCAGAGUUUUAAACUUUCAAAAUGUACCUCAUAAUGAUGUUGUUGGAUAUAGAUCAAGGUUUGAUCACAUUCAGAAUGAUCAGUUUUUAUGGGCGCCAUAUGGAGUAUUGCAAACAGCAAUACCGAUGCAAGCAUAUAGAGAUGCUCUGCUAUGGACAUCAUGCACCUCCAUUAUUUGUUUUGCAAUUGUUGAAUGGCACCAAUCUGAUAGAGUGAAAUUGCAAUUUCGUCUCUUCCAGGAUGUCCCUUCUCCACCGAAUAAUUUGGAUAACCUGCACAACAUUGACAUGAGGGGAAGACAAGAUGAAAAUUGGGUUACAAGACAUGCUCAGUGGAUCGACAUAUGGAACAAUAGACGUGAGCACACAUUGAUGGGUCAUCCAAUGCAAGGCCCACUGUUUCACACACGAGAAUACAUGGAAUGGUACAUGGCCAAUUCCAUCUAUUUUUUAUCUGUGCCACGACUACUACAAGAUCCAAGGACCCAUCAACAACGAAGGACUUCCACAACAUUUGAGACUGGUCGAACUUCCAUGCGAUCGCAUGAAGAGACUGGUCAACAUGUAUCAAAUCCUCAGUACGUCACUCCUGAACAAAACAUAAUUGACAGACGACAUUCAUUUGCAACAACUUCAGAGGAUUUUUUUACAAAUUUAUUUGGAGUAGAUUUUAGAACUCCAUCUUCAGCACAAUCAUACAUGCAAUCUCUUUACCGUCCACAAUUCGGUAAUGAACCUGGAAGUUCUUCAGCACCAUUUCAACAUCCGGUGGUUGAUGAUGAAGCAAAUCCUUCUGAGCAACAACCUCCACGGCGUAAUCCAGGCCGUAAUAGACGUCGCCCUCGUUGUGGAACUGGACACCAUUACGGAGAUUGAAAAAUGUAUAUAAAUCACUCUAUGUUAAUGUUAUUGUUUUUUUAUUCUAAUGUACUAUGUGUCUUUAUCAAUGUAAUAUGAAUUUUAAUAUUAUGCAUUUUUACAUGCGAUCUAGACUAAGAAGGUUAUAAACUAUUAUAAUUAUAAGUAUUGUUGCGAACAUAAUAUACGAUUUCAACACAAUAUACGAUUUCAACACAAUAUACGAUUUCAACACAAUA